CCCUAAGUGUAGGGUGCUCUGAUUUCCUCUCACUUGCCAAAGAUGUACACAUGGGGUGAACUGGCAUGUGUGCAUACAUUGUCCCAGCCUGACUUCAGAAGCAGCCUGCCAGGCACUGGAGCCAAAAUGAAUACUCCAGCCGCAGCCCCUACCUGUGGCAUCGUGCUGGUCCUGCUCUCGCUGCUGGCUGUCCUCCAGACCACCACUGCCCAAAAGAAUGACAUCGACAUCUACAGCCUCACUGUGGACUCCAAGGUCUCAUCCCGAUUUGCCCACACGGUCGUCACCAGCCGGGUGGUCAACAGAGCAGAUACUCUGCAGGAGGCCACCUUCCAGAUGGAGCUGCCCAAGAAAGCCUUCAUCACCAACUUCUCCAUGAUCAUCGAUGGAGUGACCUACCCAGGGAACAUCAAGGAUAAGGCCGCAGCCCAGGAGCAGUACGCCGAGGCCGUGGCCAGGGGACAGAGCGCUGGCCUCGUCAAGGCCACCGGGAGAAAAAUGGAGCAGUUCCAGGUCGCAGUUAGUGUGGCCCCCGCUGCCAAGGUCACCUUUGAGCUGGUGUAUGAGGAGUUGCUCAAGCGGCAUCUGGGACUGUAUGAGCUGCUGCUGAAAGUCCGGCCCCAGCAGCUAGUCAAGCACCUGCAGAUGGACAUUCACAUCUUCGAGCCUCAGGGCAUCAGGUUUCUGGAGACAGAGAGCAGCUUCCUGACCAACGAACUGGCAAGCGCCCUCACCAUCUCACAGAACGAGACCAAGGCUCACAUCCGAUUCAAGCCGACGCUCUCCCAGCAGCAGAAGUCUCCAGAGCAAGAGGAUACAGUCGUGGAUGGAAACUUCAUCGUGCGCUAUGAUGUGAACCGGACGCUCUCUGGGGGGUCCAUUCAGAUCGAGAAUGGCUACUUUGUGCACUACUUUGCCCCCGAGGGCCUGCCCACGAUACCCAAGAAUGUGAUCUUCGUCAUUGAUAAGAGUGGCUCCAUGCAGGGCAGGAAAAUCCAGCAGACCCGGGAAGCCCUAAUCAAGAUCUUAGAUGACCUCAGCCCCAAAGACCAGUUCAACCUAGUCAGCUUCAGCAGGGAAGCAACCCAGUGGAUGCCAUCACUGAUGCCAGCUUCAGCAGAGAACGUGGAGAAGGCCAGGAGCUACGCUUCCGACAUCCAGGCCCGAGGAGGGACCAACAUCAAUAGUGCGAUGCUGAUGGCCGUGCAGCUGCUGGACGAAGCCAAUCGGAAGGAGCGGCUGCCCAUUGGGAGCGUCUCCCUUAUCAUCCUCCUCACCGAUGGCGACCCCACCGUGGGGGAGACCAACCCUAAGAAUAUCCAGAAGAAUGUGCAGGAUGCCAUAGGCGGCCAAUAUAAUCUCUUCUGCCUGGGCUUUGGCUUUGACGUCAGCUACGCCUUCUUGGAAAAGCUGGCACUGGACAACGGUGGCCUGGCUCGGCGCAUCUACGAGGAUUCGGACUCCGCCGUGCAGCUCCAGGACUUCUACCAGGAGGUGGCCAACCCACUGCUGACAGCGGUGGCCUUCAAGUACCCAAGCAACGCCGUGGAGGAGGUCACGCAGGACAACUUCCAGCUGCUCUUCAAGGGCUCUGAGAUGGUGGUGGCCGGAAAGCUCCAGGACCAGAGCCCUGAUGUGCUCUCAGCCAACGUGAGCGGACAGCUGCUCAUGCAGAAUAUCACCUUCCAAAUGGAGGCCCGGGUGGCAGAGCAGGAGAAGGAGUUCCGGAGCCCCAAGUACAUCUUCCAUGGCUUCAUGGAGAGACUCUGGGCGUACCUGACCAUCCAGCAACUGCUGGAGCAAAUAGUUUCCGCGUCAGAUGCUGAAAAACAGGCCCUCGAAACUCGAGCUCUGGGCUUGUCACUCAACUACAGCUUUGUCACCCCCCUCACAUCCAUGGUAGUCACCAAACCUGAGGGCCAAGAAGAGUCUGAAGUUGCUGAGAAGCCUGUGGAAAAUGAAGACAGAGACAUGACCAGCAUCUCAGGUCGUGCUGUCUUCCCAUCUCACUCCAUAGGAAACAGAAGGUUCAGAAUAAAAGGAGGCAACUCUGCAGACCCUUUGCUCACUACCAGAGGAGGCAUCAGAGGAUCAGGAAGAGCAGGUGUCGACUUUUCUAAAGCUGGAGUUCCUGGAUUCUACCGGAAAUUUGGAGCACCCGGACCUCUUCAUCAUCAUCAUCAUCAUUCUCCUGUACUCUACGAUAUGACCUCAGAUCUCAGGCUGCUAAACUUCCCAAUGCCUGAUUUGGAGUUCUCCGCCCGCUCAAGUCCCGAUGGACUGUUUCAUGACAUGGAUUUAGGAAUCAAAGAAACGACCACGGUAGCCCCAUCCCUAGCCCCCAUCCAGGCUCCUUCUGUCAUCCUGCCACUGCCUGGGCAGAGCGUGGACCAGCUCUGUGUGGACAUCAAGCACUCUCAGGGGCCAAUGAACCUGCUCUCAGACCCUGACCAAGGGGUUGAGGUGACUGGCCAGUAUGAGGUGGAGAAGGCCCAGUUCUCAUGGAUCGAGGUGACCUUCAAGAACCUCCAGCUGCAAGUCCGCGCAUCCCCUGAGCACGUGGUAGUGAUUCGGAACCGAAGAAGCUCUGUGUACAAGUGGAAGGAAACGCUCUUCUCGGUGAUGCCCGGCCUCAAGAUGACCAUGGACAAGGCAGGGCUCCUGCUGCUCAGCAGCCCAGACAGAGUGACCAUUGGCCUGCUGUUCUGGGAUGGCCCUGGGCAGGGACUCCGGCUCCUUCUGCGGGACACUGACCGCUUCUCCAGCCAUGUCAGCGGGACCCUUGGCCAGUUUUACCAGGACGUGCUCUGGGUGCCUCCAGCAGCAGCAGAUGACGGCAAGCAAACACUGAGGGUUCAGGGGCGUGACCACUCUGCCACCAGAGAGCUCAAGCUGGAUUACCAAGAGGAGGCCCCGGGAACAGAGAUUUCCUGCUGGUCUGUGGAGCUGUAGUUCUCAUGUGAGCAGUUAUGCCUACUCCACUCCCCGUGCAGCCCCACUGUGUGCAGAUGGCUGUCAUCCUGUGGAGCCUGGACUGUGAUGGGGAGAGGAGUUCCACUCAUUACAAAUAAAGAAAGGUGGUGUGAGCCCAA